CCAGUCAGGUUUGAAGCGCGCGGGUGGGGGCUUUGGCGGGAAGAAUGGAGCUCGAGACGAGCGGGAGCGGGGUAAGUGCCUCCCCCGAGGGAGGGCAAGAGAAAGAGGAGUCUGCCCCUGCUGAGGGGGAAGGGGAGGCUGCCGUGGAGACACCGCCGUCUGCGGGCCCAGACACUUCAUCCGGAUCCGGGGUGGACACUCCGGCCUCGGACUCUAAGAGACUGACACUCUUCAAGGCGGCGAUAGAUACCACAGUAGAGAAGCUUCUAGAAACCGCCAGACAGGAAGAAGUCCAUCAGAUCUCUGAAGAUGGACUGUUUGAACGAGCAUUGCCUAAACUGGAUCAGUUGGAACGUGAAUCUGAAGCCCGUACAGAGCCUGCGUGGCGUCCCACAGGCUCCCCAGCUGUGGACCUACAGACACACCUGGUGCCAUACCUGCUGCAGCAGCGUGAUUACCUGCGUGUGAAACUGAAGAGGGUGAAGGAGGAGAAUGCAGCUCUGGCAGAGUCAGUCCUCCAAGGCAGGAACAGGGUUGAGUCAUUGGUGCGAGUGCGAGACGAGCAAUAUCAGCGAUGGCAGGAAUGUACUGAACUCUGUCGUCAGUUUCAGUUGGACGAACACUGAACGAGUGAAGAUGGCUGGUUUCCGAAUGCCAUUGUUGAAUUCCAAGUGUUUUUGUAAUUUUUGAUGUGUUUGUGCACCUUUACUCACGUUCUGUGACCUUCGGAAGUGAACCAGCUCAGGUCAAAGCCUCUGCACAAUGUCACUAAAUUACUGGUGAGGAGGUGAAUGGUACCCAGGUAAGAAGGGUGACUGAAUGAUGUGUGUAAGGCAGAGAGAGGAGUAGCAGUGCUUCAGUGACUGUCCUGUGGUCUGAAUUUCUCUGCUGGCUGACUGCAACCCAUGUGAUAAAACUGAAGGGCAGUCACACUCUCAACCAAAUUUAACUCUAUCCAGGUUGAAAAAGGCCAGUGAACAGAUAAAAGAUAGGCUGUUUAAGGUGACAGUGUGAAGGAAGCUUUAUUUUGCUGGCCCUUCCUUGGGAGUAUUUGAUGGGAGCAGUGUAGAGAGAGUUUUACUUUCAGUUUGAAAGAACAGAGGAAGCUUUAUCCUGUAUCUAAUGCUCUACUGUGUUUGAUGGGGGCAGUGUAGGGGAGGUUUUACUCUGUAUCUAACCCCAUGUUUUUCCUGUCCUGAUGGUGUUUGAUGGGGGCAGUGCAGAGUGGGUUAUUUCCGCAGCAGUAUCCCUCAACUUGACGGAUACAAAGGUCCCCUGAAACCUGGAUGUUUGGCCUCUGCCUUUAAGGUUUGACUUUUGAAAGUCCAUCUCUGUUGCUGUGUAUUGGUAAAUCUGUUGUGUUCAUUUUCUUCUGUCGUAGUGCUGCUCUCUGUAUAACUGUGCUUCCAAAGUUACUGUAAGUGUUGAUCAAGUCUGGGUUUGUUUUGAUAUGGUUGAUCACUCCUUUAACCCCUCAGCAAGGGUAUCUGUAAGGGGUCAAUGAAUUGGCUCAGUGUCUGUGUCAGGCUCUUAGCUGACUUGGGGAAGAGAUGUAAAUCAGGCAGUGGUUCACCAAAACAGCACCUAACCUCAUGACCAGACAUACACCUUAUGUCUCUGGAUGGAUGACCUCCUCUCAUUUUGGUCUAUUUAUUAAGCAGAAUCUCUAGCCUUCCUGCCAGUCUGUGUGUGUGUGGACACUCUGAAACUCAUCUGAAACCAACAGCCUGAUAUUUCACUGGCUCAGUUCUAUCACAGUCUCCAGCAGCUGCUCAUUCCUCCCUGGGACUGACUGCUUCAACAGACACAAAGAGUGGCAUCUGUACUCACACUGCAGGGAACAUUGUCUGCACUGUAUGAACAAAUUUCCUUCUGGGGAAGUGGGGUGGCUGUUUAAUUUGUCACGGUGUUGGGGGGGGGAAUGAAUUAACCAUGUAAAUUUGUGUGUGCAUGUGUUGGAAUUAAAUUGAAGCUGAACAUUGGCAUGAAUUACAAAAC